AUGGAUACAAGUUGGAUAAAUCUACCCACUGGCCACCCUGAAUAUGUCGAUGGUCGUAUGCAAUUCAUUGCGUUUGCCAAGCAAGGUCUAUUCGAAGGAAAAAUUAGAUGUCCAUGUAAGAACUGUAAGGUGGAUAAAUGGUUCCCGGUUAAUGAUGUAGAGCGACAUAUUUUGUUUAAGGGGUUUUAUAAGUCGUAUAGAAAUUGGAUCUUUCAUGGUAAAGGGGAUAUGGUUCAGCGUAUGUUAGGUAGUGAUGGAGGGAGUACAAGUGAAGGAUCCCUUGGUAAUCAAACUGGGUUUGUAGGUCGAGAUAAUAUGGGAGGACUAUUAAGAUCAGCUUUUAGUGUUAAUGUGCCACCCAAUUUUCCAACUUUUGAAGCAAGAGAGGAUGGUGAAUGGACUGAGGAGCCCGUGUUAUACGAUACAGAUGUUGAAUAUGAUUAUUCUACAAUAGAAGAAGAUGCGACAUAUAAGAAGCUACUUCAAGCUUCUGAGGAGAAAUUAUAUGAGGGGUGUAUUAAUUUUUCAAAGUUAUCUUUUCUUCUACACUUAUUUCACUUGAAGUGUAUACAUCACUGGUCCAUUGAAUCUUUCAAUAUGCUCUUGAAGCUGAUUUUAGAUGCAUUUACUCAAAUACUUGAUUUUCCCUCGUCUUAUUAUUACAGUAAGAAAAUGAUAAAAGACUUGGGCCGUGGGUAUGAAAAAAUUGAUGCUUGUCCUAAUGAUUGUAUGUUGUAUUGGGGUGAAUUUUUAGAGAAAGACAAGUGUCAUGUUUGUGGUAAAUCGAGGUGGAAAACAACCAAGGGUAAGAGGGGUGACGAUGUAAGUGAUCAAGGUAUGAAUACUUGUAAGAAAGGUGUGCCAGCUAAGGUAAUGCGAUAUUUUCCUCUUAUCCCAAGACUAAAAAGAAUCUACAUGUCAUCAGAAACAGCAGAAGAUAUGAGAUGGCAUGAUACAGAGCGAUUGGGUGAAGGUGAUAAGAAGAUUUUGAGGCAUCCUUCCGAUGCCUUAGCGUGGAAGGCAUUUGAUGAGAAUCAUAGAGAUUUUGCAUUAGACCCUCGUAGUGUUCGAUUAGGUCUUGCGAGUGAUGGGUUUAAUCCUUACCGUUUAAUGAACACUACUUAUAGUACAUGGCCAGUGGUGUUGAUUCCUUAUAAUCUUCCACCAUGGCUAUGUAUGAAACCAUCUUCUUUCAUUUUGUCCACACUUAUUCCCGGAAAAGCAAGUCCUGGAAAUGAUAUUGACGUGUAUUUGCAACCAUUAGUUCAUGAGUUGAAAUCGCUGUGGGGAGGGGUUGAAGCUUUUGAUUCUUUUGACGGAGUGAAAUUUAAUUUGCGGGCGGCUCUACUUUGGACUAUUAAUGACUUUCCUGGCUAUGCAAUGCUCUCUGCUAUAGAAAAUGGACCCGCAGAUCACCCAUAUCGACGUCAGGGUGAAAAGUUUUGUGAGAAGUUUGGAACUAAUGAGUUGGGUGAAGCCCCAUCUCGUCCUAGCGGCACUGAUAUAUUGAGUCAACAAGAAAAGGUCGAGUAUGUUUAUGGAAAUUCAAAGGCACCGCCGAAAAAGAGGUCAUACUGA